GGUCACUGUGGAAAUCUUGAGUGCCAAAACAUCCAGCAAGACUGAUGCUGCCUCUUGCCACCAUGGCGAUAUUACUUCGGACCAAGCGUUUUCAGUACCUAGCAAUCCCUGGUUCUGUGAGAGCAUUAUAUAAAGAUUACAGAACAAUGGCCCCUCAGAAUUUCUCCGAUUAUGAAUCCAUGAAACAGGACUUCAAACUGGAGAUCCCAGAAUAUUUCAACUUUGCUAAAGAUGUCCUGGAUCAAUGGACCAAGAUAGAAAAGGCUGGAAAGAAGCCUUCCAAUCCAGCCUUCUGGUGGGUACACCAAAAUGGAGAAGAGCUGAAAUGGAGUUUUGAGGAACUCGGCUCUUUGUCCAAGAAAUUUGCCAAUAUACUAACAGAAGCCUGUGCGCUGCAAAGGGGAGAUCGAGUAAUUGUAAUUCUGCCCAGCAUCCCAGAGUGGUGGCUUGCGAAUGUGGCCUGUCUCCGAACAGGGACAGUUCUAAUUACAGGAACCACUCAACUGACCCAGAAAGACAUCCUCUACAGGUUACAAUCAUCCAAAGCUAAAUGCAUUAUUACCAAUGAUGCUUUAGCCCCGGCUGUAGAUGCUAUUGCACCUAAAUGUGAAAAUCUGCGCUCCAAACUAAUUGUGUCUCAAAACCCCAGAGAGGGGUGGGGGAACCUCAAAGAGAUGAUGAAACAUACCAGUGACAACCAUACCUGUGUGAAGACAAAACACAAUGAGACUAUGGCCAUUUACUUUACCAGUGGGACAAGUGGAUCUCCUAAAAUGACCGAACACACCCACAGCAGCUUCGGUAUAGGAUUAUCUGUAAAUGGAAGGUUCUGGCUGGAUUUGACACCCUCCGAUGUAAUGUGGAAUACCUCAGACACAGGCUGGGCAAAGUCUGCAUGGAGUAGUGUCUUUUCUCCAUGGAUCCAGGGAGCAUGUGUAUUUGCAUGUUAUUUCCCACGUUUUGAGCCAACUUCUAUCUUGCAAACACUCUCCAAGUUUCCCAUCACCGUCUUUUGUUCGGCCCCAACUGCAUACCGAAUGCUUAUACAGAAUGAUAUGACUAGCUAUAAGUUCAAAAGCUUAAAGCACUGCGUGAGUGCUGGAGAACCAAUCAACCCUGAAGUGACCGAACUAUGGAGAAACAGGACAGGCCUGGAUAUCUACGAAGGAUACGGACAGACUGAAACAGUGCUAAUCUGUGGAAAUUUUAAGGGAAUGAAAAUUAAGCCAGGCUCAAUGGGAAAGCCUUCUCCUGCUUUUGAUGUUAAGAUUUUAGAUGCAAAUGGCAAUGUUCUACCUCCUGGACAAGAAGGAGAUAUUGGAAUUCAAGUUCUACCUAACCGGCCAGUCGGCCUUUUUACUCAAUAUGUGGAUAAUCCUGCAAGAACAGCUUCGACUCUACGAGGCAAUUUCUAUAUCACUGGAGACAGGGGAUAUAUGGAUGAAGAUGGGUACUUCUGGUUCAUUGCAAGAUCUGAUGAUAUCAUAUUAUCCUCUGGUUACCGAAUUGGACCAUUUGAAGUAGAAAGUGCCCUGAUUGAGCACCCUGUGGUUGCAGAAUCAGCUGUUGUUAGCAGCCCAGAUCCCAUCAGAGGAGAGGUAGUAAAGGCUUUUAUUGUUCUGAAACCUGAUUAUAAGUCAUGUGACCAAGAACAAUUAAAAAAGGAGAUUCAGGAGCAUGUAAAAAAAGUGACAGCACCUUACAAAUAUCCCAGAAAGGUAGAAUUUAUUCAAGAGCUGCCAAAGACUGUCAGUGGGAAGAUAAAAAGAAAUGAACUGAGAAAAAAAGAAUGGGAAAAAAUUUAAAUUCAUUUAUUCCAUUAAUUAUCACAGUAUCUAUAAAACAAAGAUUCUGUAAAACCCCCAAGAUUCUGGAAAGGUGAUCAAAAAAUGGCAGCAUGCUUGUAACUGUUGAUUUAAACUAUCUUGUAGUUAUGACAUCAGAGACUGAAUUUUGAAAUAAAACAUUUUGUAAAUGCCUCUGUAUUAGUGUCAUUUUCCUUA